AUGAUCCUAGCAUCCUGUGAUCUGAAGGAUAUUGGGUCUUUGUCUCUUUCCUGUCGAGCGCUCCAUGGCCGGGUUUCUAAGCUGGAAUUUGCCAUAGCAUGGGCAUAUAUUCAACUCCGAAAACAGAAGCAUCCAGGCCAUUGUAUUGAUGGCAGCCUGUCGCCGGGUGAUGAUAUUGCCUUCGUCUCCGAGCUAUUUCCUCCGCCACCUCCUCAUUAUAGCAAAGGCGUGGCUCAUGACAAUGCUAGUUAUUCUCUGGGGUAUCUCGGCGAUCUGAAACGAUGCUGGAAUACUUGCAUCCGACUCUCCCACCACCUGGCUGAUCAUGUGGUCGCACAUCAUCUGGAGACCAGUACAAUUGCGCAGCAUUUGUGGUCGUCUUCCCAAACAGAGAAAGAAGUUGUCUACAGUAAAGCUGUAGCCUCGCUCCAGGCCAAGCUUUUGUAUCCGAUAGCCUACGCAGUAUUCUUCUUAGAAUCAUCCGCAUCUUCAGACUCUGACUCUGAUCACUCGGGUCAUCGCCACAAAAAUAUGGCAUCUUCUAUUGAAAGACAGCAAUCAAUUCUCCGUAAUGCGCCUUUUGACGAUACACAUAUAUUUCUGUCGACCCACCACUGCAUGCAACUUCUAUUUUCGACGGUCCAGCGCUUGAUGGGCCCGGAAAUCCCCCAUUCCUCCGCGAAAAGCUGGUUUAGUCUCCUUCUCACCACUUCCACCAUGGAGAGAAUCGUUAGCUUCUUUGUUUCCAUCGCGAAGGAUAACCAAAGAAAAAGAAAGGGCGAGCAUGAUUCCACGUGGUCUCAUAGAAAGGAGUUUCUGUGGGCGAUGCGAUGGGAUCUGAACGAGUACAAUGCGUCUCUCGGUGAUCAUGGCGAACAAUCAGACCUCGAGCCAAAAAUAAACCAUAUAUGGUUCCAAGCAGCACAAAAUGAGAUGGACCGACGAGGGGCUAUUCCGCAUACCGUUCAGGACUCAGAAUUGCACGUUCUCCACGGGUCCAUUGUGAGAUUGGAAUGUGAAUAUUGCUAUGAUUGUUAUGACGAAUGA